AUGGGACUGUGUCUGUUGUUUCAGGGAGCUGUCUGUGACUGUGUCUGUAAUUAUAGGGAGUAGUCUGUGACUGCCUGUUGUUUCAGGGAAUGGUCUGUGACUGUCUGUUCUUGUUUCAGGGAGAGGUCUGUGAACGUGUCGGAACCGGAGAUCCUCCAGAUGACUGUCAGUAACCUGAAGCCAGAGGAGACCUACUCCUUCCGAGUGGUGGCCUACAACGACUACGGCCCUGGAGAGAGCUCCGAGACAGUCAGACUCACCACACAACCAGAGUGUAAGCAUAGAUUAGCCCCGCUCAGCAUUCACCCUGAGCGGAAAUACAGCACAAGCCUGCCUAGUCCCACACAGGGCCCAAGUGUAAGCAAUACUGACAGAACUUCACUUAGCCAGAGCACUGCCCAGUUUAUAGUCAACACACAAAUCGAAACAAAUCAAAUUGUAUUGGUUGCAUACACAUAUUUAGCAGAUGUUAUUGCGGGUGUAGCGAAAUGAUUGUGUUCCUGGCUCCAGCAGUGCAGUAAUAUCUAACAAUUCACAACAAUACACACGGAUCUAAAAGUAAAAGAAUGGAAUUAAGAAAUAUAUAAAUAUUAGGACGAGCAAUGUCGGAGUCAGCAGUAUAAAUAUAUAUAAAUGUGAUGGGAUGUAUAGACAUUAUGGACAGUAUGUGGAUAUAAUAUUUAGUAUAUCUGAAGAAUACGUAGAUAGAAUAGUAUAGAUACAGCAAUAGUUAAAUAGGAUGCCCUUGACUAGAAUACAGUAUAUACAUAUGAAAUGAAUGAAACAGUAUGUAAACAUGAGUUUAAAUGUGAGUGUAAGGACAACCUGAGUGCUUAGUCCCACACACAGGCUUGGAACUACAGUACAAACCUUCCUACUGUCCAGUCCACAGUUAUAAAUAGUUAUAAAUACAGGACAGCCCUGCCUAGUCACAAAACCCAACCAGAGGUAAAGGUAAAGGACUGCCCACUGCUCAGUCAAAACCAUGAAAUGAACUGGUGUUCUAAUGCGGGAGAGUAGCUUCCUAGUAAUGAACCGGUGUUCUAAUGCGGGAGAGUAGCUUCCUAGUAAUGAACCGGUGUUCUAAUGCGGGAGAGUAGCUUCCUAGUAAUGAACCGGUGUUCUAAUGCGGGAGAGUAGCUUCCUAGUAAUGAACCGGUGUUCUAAUGCGGGAGAGUAGCUUCCUAGUAAUGAACUGGUGUUCUAAUGCAGGAGAGUAGCUUCCUAGUAAUGAACCGGUGUUCUAAUGCAGGAGAGUAGCUUCCUAGUAAUGAACUGGUGUUCUAAUGCGGGAGAGUAGCUUCCUAGUAAUGAACUGGUGUUCUAAUGCGGGAGAGUAGCUUCCUAGUAAUGAACUGGUGUUCUAAUGCAGGAGAGUAGCUUCCUAGUAAUGAACCGGUGUUCUAAUGCAGGAGAGUAGCUUCCUAGUAAUGAACUGGUGUUCUAAUGCGGGAGAGUAGCUUCCUAGUAAUGAACUGGUGUUCUAAUGCAGGAGAGUAGCUUCCUAGUAAUGAACUGGUGUUCUAAUGCAGGUGAGUAGCUUCCAAGUAAUCUGUACAGUUUCUCUGCAGCUCAAGUUUGCGCCUAUUCCAUCACGGCAGUUUCGGUUGUUUUGCUCUAUGACACCCACAAGCUUUACGGCAGUCCUCUGAACUCCCUGUCACGGACGUUCUAAUUUCGAAGAGGGCUUCUCACAAAACCAACUGUCCAGACCGAACCGUUGGAGCUAUAAACUAACAUGUCAUCGAUAUGGAAAGGGGAGACUCACAAACAAGUGUAAGGUUGUUUCGCUCUACGAUGCUCAAAAGCUUCAGGGGAGUCGUCUGAACGUAACCCUGUACCGGGCUGUAAAAACGUGCAUGGUGGAUAUACAGUGCCGUGCAUAACGUGACCAAACAUGGGUCAAACAUGAUAUCUGUUUGGGCUUCUUGCGGUCAAUUUGCAGUCUACAAAUUAUUUGUAAUUAUGUUCCGUCCCCCUGACCAUCUGCUCAAGAAAAAAAUCGUCCCGCGGCUGAAACUAGUUGAUGAUCCCCGGUCUAGACCUGCAUGGUGGAAGGGAGAACACAGUAACAACACAUUCCUCAUCUGCUGCCCUGUAUCCAAAUACAGUCACACACUAGUGCACCAGUAGACUCACAGAUACGCACACACACAUCUACACACACACACACAUCUACACACACCACAUUCUACACACACACACAUCGUACAACACCCACACACCACAUCACACACCACACAUCACAACACACACACAUCUACACACACCCCAUCUACACACACACACACAGAACACACACACACAAACAUCUACACAAACACACACACACACAAAACAACAGCACAACAAAACACACACAACACAUAAAACCACACAACAGCACACACACCACAAAUACUAAACACACACCCCCACACCACACACACAGCACAACAACACACACACACACAUCAACACAAACAGCGACACACAUCUAAACACACACACACAAAACACCACACCAACAUCUACCCACACACAACACACAAAACACACACAUCACACACAACAUCUACAACACACACACAACACUACAAACACACACAUCUAACACACACACACACAACACACACACACACAACACAUAAAUAACACACACACACAAUCUACAAACACAAACAACACACAUCUACACACACACACCACACACAUCUACACACACUCACCACACAUACAUCUACACACACACACAUCUACACACACACACAUCUACACACACCCACAUACAUCUACACACCACACCCACCACAUCUACACACACAUCCUACACACACACACAUCGAACACAGCACACAUCUACAUACACAUCUACACACCACACAUCUACACACACAUCUACCACCCCACAUCUACACACCACACAUCUACAUCACACACACAUACAUCUACACACACACACAUCUACACACACACACAUCUACACACACACACAUCUACACACACCUACACACACACACACACAUCUACACACACACCCAUCUACACACACACACACAUACAUCUACACACACACACACACAUCUACACAAACAUCCUGAUGCACCAGUACACUCUGACAACACAAUCUCCAUCUUUACUCCAUGAUUCUGAGCUGAGAUCAGCUGCAGAUUGCUCUCUAUAAGGAGAUGAAUAAAACCCUACCAAACUAAAGGGGGGGUUGACAGUGGAUUUAGGGUUUAGGGCACAUCAAGUCUACUUUCAUUCUUUCACUCUCUUUCUUUGUCACUUGCUUUUUCUUUCUCUCUGGGCUGAAGCAGCUUCUUUCUCUCCAGGCUGAAGCAGAUUAUUUCUCUCUGGUCUGAAGCAGAUUCUUUCUCUCCGGUCUGAAGCAGAUUCUUUCUCUCUGGGCUGAAGCAGAUUCUUUCUCUCCAGGCUGAAGCAGAUUCUUUCUCUCCAGGCUGAAGCAGAUUCUUUCUCUCUGGGCUGAAACAGCUUCUUUCUCUCCAGGCUGAAGCAGAUUCUUUCUCUCUGGGCUGAAGCAGCUUCUUUCUCUCCGGUCUGAAGCAGAUUCUUUCUCUCCGGGCUGAAGCAGCUUCUUUCUCUCCAGUCUGAAGCAGAUUCUUUCUCUCCAGGCUGAAGCAGCGUCUUUCUCUCCGGCCUGAAGCAGCUUCUUUCUCUCCAGGCUGAAGCAGCUUAUUUCCUUGCCUGGUCUGAAGCAGCAGUAUACACGGUGGUAUUACAGCCAGUGGAAGCUGAUUCAAAUCUCCCCUAAUCAUUCCUUAGCUCUCCUCUCACUGGGGCCUCAUCCGUCCAGCCUGCCAGAUGACAUUGUUCUAUUAGACCUUGUGGAGGAGGAACAUAUACCAUUCAAACGUCUGCAGCUCACCUUCUAAUUCUGCUUUAAUAUUAACCUUUUAAUAUGGCACUUAAAAUAACACCUUUAAAGGUACAAUGCAGCUGUUUUUUUUAUCUCAAUAUCAAAUCAUUUCUGGGUAACAAUUAAAGGCCCAGUGCAGUCAAAAACGUGAUUUUCCUGUGUUUUACAUAUAUUUCCACACUAUGAGGUUGGAAUAAUACCGUGAAAUUGUGAAAAUGAUGAUAAUGCCCUUUUUAGUGUAAGAGCUGUUUGAAAAGACCAGCUGAAGACUGCCUGUUUUGGUGGGAUGGAGUUUUGGCCUUCCAUGGUGACAUCACCAUGCAGUAAAUGACUUAAUUUACCAAUAAGGAAGAGAGUUUGAAACCUCUCUGCCAAUAAUAGCUAAUUUUCAGUUUUUCCCUCCCCCUCCCCACUCAGACCACUACCAGAAAGUCCUAAAAAAAUUAUUGCUCUUUGUUCAGAAGCUUUUUUUUUUUUUUUUUUUUACCAUUUUAAUUGAAAAAUAAUCACAGUAAGGUACAUAAUUGUUACCCAGAAAUGAUUUGAUAUUGAGAUAAAAACAACUGCAUUGGACCUUUAAGUACCUUACUGCCAUUGAUUUAAAUUACAUUUGUCAAAAAAUAAACAGAUCUGUGAUGUGUGUGUGCCUGAUGUCUGUUUCUCUGUGUGUUCCUGUCGCAGCAGUGCAGGUCCCUGGGCCGGUGGAGAACCUCCGGGUAGAGUCCAUCUCUCCCACCUCCAUCCAGGCAUCGUGGGACGUCCCAUCCUACGCCAAUGGUCCCCUGCUGGGGUACCGACUGCUCUGGACCGAGACACCCUCUGGGAAGGAACAG